AUGGAUGAAAUAAAGGUCAAUAUUCUCAAUUAUAUUGAGAAAUGCCAGUCCCAGAGAAAGCUAAGGAGAGCAGAAGACAAUAAUAAAGCAAACAGAAAGGGGUAUUAUCCUCAAGGUAGCAUUUACUUGAUCAAAGGUGUUAAUAAAGAGAAUGCUGACAAGAAAUUUAAUUAGAAUAAAACUUGAAAAGAGCUUGGCAUUGGAUAGCAUAUUCGCAAAUCAAAACAUUAAUGAUAACAUUAGCUUACUGGAUAGUAAUAGAGAAAUAAUAGACCCAGAUAAUGUGAUCAGAGUGAACACGUUCUACAAAACUCAGCUGCAAAAUCAUUCCACUAACACUAAAUCUAAGCCUUUGUCAAGGUCCUUCACCAGACACCGACGCAAGAAGUCUUUGAAGAACUGUUUCAAUAUUAGCAACUAUCAAAACCGCACUCAAGUUUAUAGCAAAGGAGUUUACAAGAAUCAUGCUGGAAAUAUCAAAAUUAGCUUUGAAAAUAAGAAGAAAAACAAAAAUAAGACCAGAACCCUCAAAUCUAGUGGGCAGAGGAGCACCCAUGAGAUUUCACACAGAUUCUCUAAAAAGACCUCUGUAGCACCCAAACAGCAAUUGACUCAAGCUAAUUCAAAGAAGCAAGAGAUUUUCCCAAAAGAGUUCAUACAUCAUGGCCCAAAGGACUAUUACCAGAUUCGGAAGAAGUUCAAAAGUUUUAUAGAACAAAUCAAUUCAGAGACUAGGCGAAAAAGGAAGAAUAUGGUCAAUUUCUUAUAAAUUUUCAAUGAAA